UUUGACAGCAAAGCUUGAGUCUUGAUUUCAGCCUGUUUACGUAGUUGUUUUGUAACGUUACUGAGACAUAUUUGGGAUUUGGAGAUGGCCCAACCUGUAGAAGAGGUCGCUGCAUCAUUAGUAAGGGAAUAUCUCAGUCGUAAGGGAUUAAAGAAGACUAUGGUCUGUAUGGAUGAAGAACUUCCACGGACUGAUUCAAGCAUUAAUAACAGGACAGAACUGCGCCGAACACUGCAUCUAGAAGUUCUUUGUAAGGAAAAUAAGGCUCAAGAAGUUCCUUUGAAAACAAUGCUGGAGGUCAUUGUGAAGCAUCAUAUGGAGGCUAUUGGAGAUUCAGGCUGUAGCAGUGGUCAAACUAUUUUAUCUAAGCAGCGCAUGCCAGUGUCAGAGUCUAAUGUCACCCCAAUGUCACAUACAAGAGUGACUAACAUUUUGGAUGAGAAAAGAGAAGCAACAAUACCAUACAAUAUUACAACAAUACCAAAUUACAGUCAACCUUCCAUGAAGAGCUCAUCGAAGAGUGAAGCUAUUUUCCUAUCCAAUACAGUGUUCUCAUCUGAGGCACCACAGACAUGUUUCACAAAAUCUGCAAAACAAAUCAUGAACAGCAGGUCCUCUUCAGAUGGGGAGAGAGACAGCCACCAUCUGCUGUUUAGCCAAGACAGUGAGUCCUGUAGCUACAAGACUGAAUUUUCAGUAGGAAAAAAAAGCUUCACAGAAAUCAACAAAAAUAGAACCAGUCGCCCUCUGCGUGGUAUGAUGGCAGGCCCAGUAGCCACUUCUCCACAGGAAAUUAACAAAAAACGGCAGACACGAAGGCUGUGUGAAUCUAGUCCUGAGUCAAAGAAUGAAGGUGAUUUGAUGUUACCAACAACUGCUCAGCUGAACAAUGUAGAGGUAGCAAGUACAAAACACCCAACCCAUGGGGCUCUUGAACAAGAAUGGAAACAAUUUCAUGCUGAACAAAAGAACGCACAGCUUUUAAAUCAACUAACGGGACUCACUGGCUUGAAUGACACGGAUGACCUUGAACAGACAGUACCAGGAUUGAGAAACAGUAAAAGAAGUGGCAGAAUACAAAAGGACCGACCUCAUUUUCAAAAAAAUACUGCAGCUACUGUGGAUGAUCUUCAGAUGACCACCAUGAUAUUAGAUGAUAUCAAUGCCGAAGAGGAGCUUUGUGAGGUGUCCUGGGUACCUGUCUUUUCCUGUGACCCUCAGACCCCUGUCAGUUCACAUCCUAUUGAUCAGGACACUGCUACUGCCCUAAAGGAGGUCCUCUUUGGCUCUAGCAUGAAGUGUUUCAAUGAAGAAUGGAAAGCUCAGAGUUUUACAUUUUCAGACAUCCCUGCUGUUAGAUAUGGUAUUGUACAGAAAAAGGGUGGCCCCUGUGGAGUGUUGGCUUCAGUCCAGGCCUGUGUUCUGCAAAAGCUUCUGUUUGAAGAGACAAACUGUCAGAAAUUGCAAGCUUCAAAUGUUGCACGAAGCAGAUGCCUUGUUUUAGCUAUGGCUGAAAUCCUAUGGAGAGCAGGAGAAGGGAAAACGGCAACUGUUGCAAUAUCGUCAGGAAGACAACAUUUCAUCCCUACAGGAAGGUAUAAAUCUGAGGGAAUUCUGGAAAUGCUUACAUUCCAUAAGGUACAAAACUUUGAGGACUUAAAGUUGCUCCUGGAGCAGCACAUAGUGCAGUUUGAGCAUGGUCCCUCCGGAUGUAUUCUACUGACCAUUUCAGCUAUUCUUUCAAGAUCUGUUGAAAUGGUGCGGACAGAUUUUGAUGUGCCUACUAACUGCUUAAUUGGAGCUCAUGGCUACUGCUCACAGGAGCUUGUAAACCUCUUGCUUUGUGGGCAAGCCGUUUCAAAUGUGUUCAAUGAUGACAUCGAACUUGACUCUGGAAAUGGAAACAUAACUCUUCUGAAGGGAAUCAAACAAUGUAGUGACAUUGGACUGUUGUCUUUGUUUGAACAUUACAACAUAUGCAAGGUUGGGCCCUAUUUGAAGACUCCAAAGUUCCCAAUCUGGGUGGUCUGCAGUGAGAGUCACUUCACUGUACUCUUCUGUCCUUGCAAAGAGCUAAUUAGUGACUGGAGGAUGGAGCAGAAGUUUGACCUUUACUACUACGAUGGCCUGGCCAAUCAGCAGGAGGAAAUUCGCCUCACCAUUUCCACAGCAACUUUGAGGAAUCAUUCCCAAGAGGUUGACAGUGACCUUAUUCCUCCUCUAGAACACUGCAUAAGGACCAAAUGGAAAGAUGCAACAGUGAAUUGGAAUGAAACUGAACCCAUUCUUUGA